GUGCGCCUCCGGUGAUAGGCUAGAGACUAUUAAAGUUGCCGCCAACCCCCUCGGAAUUAAAAGGGCCCGCUGCCUUCCCGAAGUUGGUUAGAAGGCAAGCGGUGUUUGGUUGUGGGCAGCACUUUGUCAUGGGACCUGUGCCGUUGGGAAUAUUGCUUUUCAUUUUGACUGCAUACGUCCCAGGUUGGGCUGGGACGCCGAAGGAGGAGGACGAUGACACAGAACGCUUGCCCAGCAAAUGCGAAGUGUGUAAGCUGCUGAGUCUGGAGCUACAGGAAGAGCUGAGUCGCACUGGACGAUCUCGAGAGGUGCUGGAGCUGGGGCAGGUGCUGGACACGGGCAAGAGGAAAAGACACGUCCCUUACAGCGUUUCAGAGACAAGGCUAGAAGAGGCCUUGGAGAAUUUAUGUGAGCAAACUCUGGAUUACAGUGUUCAUGCUGAGCGCAAGGGCUCACUGAGAUAUGCCAAGGGGCAGAGUCAGACCAUGGCGACGCUGAAAGGCCUGGUGCAGAAGGGAGUAAAGGUGGAUCUGGGGAUCCCUCUGGAGCUGUGGGACGAGCCCAGUGUGGAGGUCACAUUCCUCAAGAAGCAGUGUGAGAAAAUGCUGGAGGAGUUUGAAGAAGUCGUGGAAGACUGGUACUUCCACCAUCAGGAGCAGCCCCUGCAGCAUUUUCUCUGUGAAGGUCAUGUGCUCUCAGCUUCUGAAACUGCAUGUCUACAGGAAACUUGGACUGGAGAGGAGACCACAGAAGGGCAAGAGAAGACAGAAGGGGAGGAGGAGCAAGAUCAAGAGGAGGAGAAGGAAAAGGAAGGAGAGAUGACUAGCACACCGGGCCACGCCAAGCAUGACCCAGAGGAUCUUUGACC